GACACCGUUUCACCUUAUUCUUUCCCUCGUUCUUUCUCUCGAUAUCUUUGCUAGACUUGCAGGGAAAGAAAAGCAGGUCCGAGUCUGGACUAAAAACACCUUGGGUUUCUUCGUCUCCUCCAUUCCUCAGAUCAAAUCACUAUCUUUCACAAUUUAAGUUAACCCUAGAUUUCACUAUGACUCAAGACGUCGAGAUGAAGGAGCAGCCAGCUCCUAGCAAUUCUACUACCUCUUCUUCUCCUUCUACUCUCCACCAUUUGAAAGAGAUUGCGUCACUGAUUGAGACUGGUGCCUAUGCCCGAGAGGUAAGGCGGAUUGUUCGUGCUGUUCGCUUGACGAUGGCCUUAAGGAGAAAGCUCAAGGCUCAAGUGCUCUCUGCAUUCCUUAAUUUUGCUCUUAGUCCUGGAUCCGAGCCUCAUAAUCGGCUAGUCUCCUAUCUCCCUAAGGAGGAUGAACAUGAAAUGGAGGUUGAUACUGCAACAUCUGUGACUCCAGCUCUUGUGAAACAUCCGUUACCAGAACUAGAGAUAUACUGCUACUUGCUGGUGCUAAUAUAUUUGAUUGAUCAGAAGAAAUAUAAUGAGGCUAAAGCUUGUUCAUCAGCAAGCAUAGCCAGGCUGAAGAACGUGAAUAGGAGGACAGUUGAUGUCCUAGCAUCCAGGCUCUACUUUUAUUACUCCCUUAGCUAUGAACUCACUGGUGAUCUCUCUGAAAUCAGAGGCAACCUCCUUGCUCUUCAUCGCAUUGCAACACUGCGCCAUGAUGAGCUUGGUCAGGAAACACUUCUCAACCUUCUACUUCGCAACUAUCUCCACUACAAUUUAUAUGAUCAAGCAGAGAAGCUGAGGUCUAAAGCCCCACGAUUUGAAGCUCACUCGAAUCAGCAGUUCUGUCGGUACCUCUUUUACUUGGGAAAAAUUAGGACUAUUCAGUUGGAGUACACCGAUGCAAAAGAGUCCCUUCUUCAAGCUGCUCGGAAAGCACCUGUUGCAGCCCUUGGUUUUCGAGUUCAAUGCAACAAAUGGGCAAUUAUUGUCAGAUUGUUGCUAGGAGAAAUCCCUGAGAGAACUGUUUUUAUGCAGAAAGGCAUGGAGAAUGCUCUGAGGCCUUACUUUGAGUUGACAAAUGCUGUUCGAAUAGGAGAUCUGGAGCUCUUUAAAUCUGUUGCAGAGAAGUUCUCCACCACUUUCAGUUCAGACAGGACUUACAAUUUAAUUGUUAGACUGCGACACAAUGUGAUAAGGACCGGACUUCGCAACAUCAGUAUUUCUUAUUCCCGUAUUUCAUUGGCUGAUGUGGCCAAGAAGUUAAGAUUGGAUUCCUCAAACCCUGUUGCUGAUGCUGAGAGUAUUGUAGCGAAGGCAAUACGAGAUGGCGCAAUUGAUGCAACUCUGGAUCAUGCCAAUGGUUGGAUGGUAUCAAAGGAAACAGGGGAUAUUUACUCCACAAAUGAGCCUCAAAUUGAAUUUAACUCAAGGAUUGCUUUCUGCCUCAAUAUGCAUAACGAAGCAGUGCGUGCACUUAUGUUUCCUCCAAAUUCCCACAAGGAGAAAGAAAGUGCUGAGAAGAGAAGGGAGAGACAACAGCAAGAACAGGAGCUUGCGAAGCACAUAGCUGAGGAGGAUGAUGAUGAAUUUUAAUUUUGCAUCUGCAAAAUUUCAGCCGUUUUCACCUUGGGAUGUGCACUCCGGUCCAGCUGCACAACUUCCUUCAAGAACUCCCUACAAGAAUAUUUUGACAUUUAUCUUCUGCAUCGAAUUUUUAUAUUCUGAUUUAGGAUUCUGUCCCAUAUCCAAGCGACCUCUGUUCGACUACUCAGGAUCAUAUUAUGGAAUGGAAUUUCUUCCAUUGAAUUCCUUUUCGUUGCCUGAUUUUAUUGCAAUAGUUUUCCUGUUUCUUUUGCUUCAGGAUGUUUGUUGUAUUUUCCAUAACUGAUAAUGAUAGAUAUUCCAUAAUGGCUUUAAAAUCUAAAA